GUUGAUUUUUGCUGUUAUUAACUGUAUUCUUUUUAACAAUUCUCUACAGGCUUCAUGAUACAACUUACGAUACGAGUCAAUAGGAUAUUGCAAUCAGUGAACACUGCUCUAAUUGAUGACGAGGCCUACAAACCAGAGGCAAGGAAGCGGUUACCUAUAACAGCUAUAAGUCCCAGAAUAUGGCGCCGUUACCCAAAGAAGAAGUGGAAUAACCUCCAGUUACCUGUGCUCACGUCAGUACCGCAAGGGCGUCUGGGUAACGCCAUGGGGGAGUACGCCACCCUCCUGGCGCUCGGUCGCGUCUAUGGGGCAACGGUCAGAUUGCAUCCCAAGAUGGAAAACCAGUUGAAGGAUACUUUCCCCAACAUUACCAUGAAACCCAUUCCAGGUGAAGUAGUUGGUCACAUUGAAGUUUGUUGUUGUUAUAUUACAUAUAAUGACCGGGACUGGAUAAGAUUACCAGCACGGAGUCACAUACAUCAUGGAAUGGCUGAGGCAGCAGCAUCUGGACUUCUGGGACCAAACCUUUUCGUGACAGAAUAUCCAUUUGGAAUUCACCUCUUCAAUACCUUCCCAGAAGACGUAAGGCGAGAGUUCACGUUUUCCCCCGAUAUUCAAAGACAGGUCCGUACAUUUUGGGAAGAGAAUUCCAACUACCUGACGAAGGUCACGAUAGGCGUCCACGUCAGGAGGACCGACUACAUGCACGCCUUGUUGGUAACUGAAGUGAUGUAG